CGAAGGCGGCGCGGAGCGGAGGGUUACACCGCGGGGGCGCAGCAGCCAGCGGGGACACUGCGCACCGACACCGAGGGAAGGCAGCACCGUUAGGCAAGUUAAAGAAGAGGCAGUAUUCUUCUCCAUAAAGCACAAAAAGAGGUUGAUAUUCUCCAGUCGAAGCGAAGAGGAACCCACCACCAUGAUUCCUCGAUACAGAGUUAAUCUGAACGCCUUAAUACUCCUGGUGGUCCUGCAGGGAGCAGCUGUGAUGCUGUUCUGCAGCUGGUAUGUUCAGCUCGGUCCCUGUGAGUCUUCUUCUCCUCAAGGCAAAGUUCACGUAUUGCUGCUGUCAUCGUGGCGAUCUGGUUCAUCCUUCCUUGGACAGGUUUUCAGUCAGCACCCGUCUGUUUUCUACCUAAUGGAGCCCGCCUGGCAUGUGUGGUCCAAGGUGGAGAAACCUGGUGCCAGGCUCCUACGAAUGACUGUGAGAGAUUUAAUGCGGAGUCUGUACCAGUGUGACUUCUCAGUAAUGGAUCCCUAUUUACCAGAAAACUACAAUGUGUCCUCCUUGUUUAUGUGGACUCAAAGUCGAGCACUGUGCUCGCCUCCGGCUUGUUCCCUCACUCAACGAGGCAAGUUUAGCAACGAGACUCAGUGCUUACAGAAAUGUGAUGCUCAGGGGUUGGAGAAGGUGGAAGCAGCUUGUAGCACAUACAGUCAUGUGGUAUUAAAAGAAGUGCGCUUUUUCGAGCUGGAGUCUCUUUACCCCCUUUUGAAAGACCCCAGCCUGGACCUCCGCAUUAUCCAUCUGGUCCGGGACCCUCGGGCUGUGAUGAAUUCUAGAGCGGCAUCACCCAAAGCAUUUUUGAGAGAUAGCUCUAUAGUCUUGGAGCAGGAAGACAUACCUGCAGCAGAAGUUGAGUAUAAAGUCUUGCAGGAAAUUUGUCGUAGCCACGUACGCAUCAACGAGAGGGCCAUCCUGAAAGCUCCUCCGUUCCUAAAAGGACGUUACAAAAUGGUUCGCUAUGAAGAUGUGGCCCGAGACCCACUAAAGGAAGUCAGUGACAUUUACGAGUUUGUAGGUUUAGAGAUGACCACAAAGAUGGGCGAAUGGAUCUACAAGAAGACUCAUGGAAAGGGGAAAGGCACUGCAGCAGAGGCUUUUCAAAUUACUUCUAGGAAUGCUGCUGACGUCUCCCAGGCUUGGCGCACCCUGCUGCCAUACAGCAAGGUCAAGCGUGUCCAGGAAGUGUGUAAAGGAGCCAUGACACUGCUCGGCUACAGGACUGUUGACAGUGAAAAAGAGCAGAAGAGACUUGACAUAGACCUGCUAGUUCCACAGGAGCCAUUUCAGUUCAGCUGGAUACCAGCUAAAACAGAGCAGACUGAUAACAUUCAAAACACGAAUCACUGA